AGAAGAAGAGAGAAAGCUGAAAAAACGACGUAAAUCAAGUGCUUCUUCGAUAGACACAGAAUGUCUUGAAGAUAUAAAACAUACUUUAGAGGAAGGAGGAGAUACCCAGUAUCUACUCCAGGAUAUUGACACAAUUUUUGACCUUUCGAAAGAACAUAAAUUCAAUUCUGUUGUAGAUUUACCAACAUUCGUCAGAAAAAAUGAAAAGGUUCCUUUAGAAGUUCUUAAGCAACUGAGUGAAAAUAAACGAAUAUACAACAUUAUUUUAGAAAAUUACCCGAAUCUACUCUCAUGCAAAAGUUCAUCUGAAAGGGGGAUCAAUAAAAUGCCAACCAAUACACAUACUUCUAGAAUACCCGUCAAAUUUUCUAUGAAACUCAAAAAGACUGAAGAUCCUGUGCCGACAAAAAUACCUUCUGGUAUAGCCCAGGAAGAAAAUGUAGAAACACAUAAAAAUAACGUUGUUGAUAUCAAAGAAUCUGCACUUGAUGCCUCUGGUGGAUACAAACCGAUCCAGUUACUGAGAAGUAUAUCUGUGAAAGCAAGAAAUCAAAUGCAGCCCCAUACUUAUUUGAAAAACGUUAGAUUCAGAAAAAAUUCCAUUGGUUACAGAGGAGCUAUGUUGAACAUACAUAAAUAUAAGGUGAAAGCUUCUAGCUGUCCCGAUAUUUAUAAAAAUUCUAUGAAUGUCCUUUUCAACGAAGGAGAGACUUGGUAUGAAGAACUGAUAGAUAUAUUGAAAGGUUUAACCACGUUUUCGUUAUUUUUGGACCUACAUUUUCUUCUGCUCUCGUUGUCCAUGAUGAUUUUGUGUAUAUGGUUUGUAGUUCCAUAUUUUUAUUUGGCAGAACAUAUGACAAGAAGUGGAUAUACUGAUAGCGAUGCUUCCCUUGUGAUAUCUGUUAUUGGUAUCACAAACACAAUUGGAAUGGUUCUUCUGGGAGCAGCAGGAGAUCGAAUAAAUGUUGCCAAAUCGUAUGCUAUCUGUUUAAUUUUAUGCGGGGUGACUAUAGGCGCAAUGGUUUUGUUCACCUCGAAUUAUAUCGUGUUAGUGAUAAGCGGUGGAUGUUUUGGUUUAUUUUUCGCAAGCUCCAUGUCGUUGACACCUUCUCUUCUAGCUGAACUUGUUUCAUUGGAUGACUUUACCAUGGCCUACGGUUUGCUUUUACUUUCACAAGGAGUGGGAAAUUUGAUAGGACCUCCAUUGGCAGGAUGGCUUUUUGAUUUGACAAACUCUUGGCACCAAUCCUUUUACCAGGCAACCUUUUGGAUUAUUAUAUCAGGAAUUCUGAUUGGAAUAAUUCCAUUCACAAGCAACAGAAAAUUAUAUGUUUCCAGUAAUAAAAAAAUAACAACAUAA